UUCACAAUUACCCAAGCUAAUAGAAGGCCAGCGCCCCAGUGGUAAAGUUGGCGGGCCACAGAGGUCAACUGUCUGUGGUCCACCGGGUUUUGCUAAUCAUUUUUCCAGCGGUCAACCAGCGGCAGCCGCCACAUUUCUGCUAGUGGUCCGCUAUGAGCCGCUGGUUUAUCCACGAUCGACCCGCCGUUCAUAAUUGUUAAAUAACGCAAACCAAUGUGUCCUUAAAUACAAUACUGGAUCAAACAUGUUUAAUAGCAACAGCACAUUUAUUAUUUUAACACAUCAAAUACAUAAAUGCAACCUUUAUCAAAUGCUUUUAACCAACGUCGCAGAAAAAGAAGCAUCCAGAUAACAUUUAUUUGUAUCCAUACUUAUAUAGUUAUGCAUCUUUCCAGUGAGACCAUAGUAAAUGGUGAACACAAAAUAAAUAGUUGUACUACAAUUAUAAACACCAUAGCUUUACUUGCAUAGUAGUAAUUCAUAUUAUUACCUUACCCAUGGUUUUCAAAAACUAUAGCUUACAACUCUAGCAUUCAAUAUAACUAUUAUAAAACCUUUAUAUCAAAACCUUAUAGUUCAAACAUUUUUUAAAUUAUUAUUUGCUAGAUCCUUUCAUUUUGAUUUCCCUUCCGUUAGGGGGCAGUGUGGCUCAGCCGCAUGACGUCAUCAAAUGCCGCUCCUUCUCUCGCCUCUUAUCUUUAAGUUAAUUUUGCAAUGGGUUUAUCGCGAAAGUAUUUGCAAAGUCAAUGCGGGAUGAUUUGAAACUGCAGUGACAGGUUUGAGAGGUUGUAGAUGCUACAUAAAUAUGUGCAAUAAAUUUGUAUCUCGUGUAUUUUGUAAAUGCCAGUCUACACAUUUGUGACUAUUUUUCUGAAACUUCAAAUUCAGAAGACAGAUUAGUGAGUUUUGUCCACGAGUGCAAAUUUUUUACAUUCAAUUUCAGUUUUUUAUUUUACACGUUUUCACAUAGUGGUUGUGUGUACAUUUUAUUGUAGAGGUAGACAUACUUACUUAACAAGUGAACAAAUUAAAAUCUACCUACUCUCAAGUUUUUCUACUGAUUUACCUUCAUAAUAACUUUAUAAUUAUCAGUGUUUUACUGCGCCCUGAAAAGCGCCGUCUUUUGCGCCGCUGUCUUGAUAUUAUGACGGCGUAAAUAACGCGCGCUCUGUGACACCAAAACGGCGUUUUUUACGCGCGUCAUUUACGGCGUUUUGUCUGUUGUAUAAUGAGCCCCUCCCGCUGAUUUCAACAGCCAGUAAAAUUGAACUGUUCUCACCCAAUCACUGAUGAACUGAGCCAUACUAAGAUCGAAUUCCCAAUGGACUUGGUAACGGUUAUCUAAUUUGCUUUACGAUGGCGAGAAGAGAGUUUAUUUUGCGCUGCAAGCGUACAUUAAAUGACUGCAGUCGGCGGUUAACAGAGGAUACUGGACCCACUGUGUUUCAGUCAACCUUACUAAGAAUGGAAACAAUGCAGAGAAGUAUUCAAUUGGCAAGAGGGGGGCUAAUCAAUGUACCUGCUGCAGAUGCAUUACUCCGUGAUAUAGCAGAAUAUAUAGCAGAAGUUAAUGCACAUACGCAGACUGAACGACAAUCCAGUUCCAGUUAUCAGGCUCCACUUAUCUGUAGUGGAGGUAGAGGAGCGCCCUCUUACAGAAUCACUAGAGAGCAACUUUCUUUUCUGAAGUCAUGUGGUUUUUCUCUUACUUCAAUAGGAGAGAUUCUGCAGGUGUCUCUGGCUACAGUUAAACGACACAUUAAGAAGUUCAAUUUGAAUCAUGCUGUGUCAUUUUCGGAGGUAUCUGAUGACGCCCUCGAUGAAAUGAUAAAGGAUAUUGUGGCUGGGAAUGACCAGCUGGGAUCUGAGGCCGUCAGAGCACGGUUACGGGCUGGUGGAGUUCGGGUGCAGAGACAUCGGAUCAGGAAGAGUUUAGCUCGAAUAAACCCUAGGGCAGCUGCACUAAGGGCAAUGUCUCAAAGACCACAGAGACGAUUGUACAGAGUAGCUGGACCAAACUCUCUGUGGCACCUUGAUGGCAAUCACAAAUUGAUAAGAUGGCGCAUUGUCAUUCAUGGUGGUAUAGAUGGGUACAGUCGUCUCAUAGUCUUUCUCCGUGCCUCAGACAACAACCGAAGCAGCACUGUGUUGGAUGGAUUUUUAAAUGCUGUGGCCAUGCAUGGGAUGCCUUCUAGGGUCAGAACAGAUCAUGGAGGCGAAAACAAUGCUGUCUGUGUCAUGAUGAACAUUUUCAGGGGCCUAGAAAGAGGUAGUGCUAUCAGAGGCAGGAGCACUCACAACCAGCGCAUUGAGAGGCUCUGGGGUGACAUGUGGAGGGGAUUUACGAAUGUAUAUUAUAAUCUUUUCAACUUCCUGGAGAGUGAAGAUAAAAUUGACAUAGACAAUGAGAUGCACUUAUGGGCUCUUCACUAUGUCUUCUUACCAAGGAUCAACAGGGACUUGACUGCCUUCACCCGGCAGUGGAACAACCAUGGGUUGAGAACAGAAGGACAUCAGACCCCCAUCCAGAUUUUUGUCAGAGGCUGCUUGGAGCAACAAGGACAAAGCAGCACAGCAAUGCAAGACAUUUUUGGCACAACAGCCUGGCCAGCAGAUGAAACUGAAGCAACAUCUGAACAAGGACAAACCACAUCAGGAAGGCAGGGGGCAGCAAUGGUUGACUGGCCAGAUAGAGUAGCAGUACCACAAAAUCGCUACACUUUGGACAAUGUGACCUUUGAGCAACUUACUGCACAAUUUGAUCCGCUUGGUGGUGGAAGAGGAGAACUUGGACUGGACAUAUUUUGUAAUGUUUUAUCUUUUUUGGCUUCUCAUAAUCAAUAGUAUAUGAGAAGUUCAUCACAAAAUAGAACUAGUUGUAUAUUGCUGUAGGUUGUAUAUUGCAACUGACUUUUAAACGACUAAACAGAGCUAACCUUGUAAAUUUAUAAAGAGAAUGUUCUAUUAUGUUGUUGGUUUCAAAGGCUUUUUAUUUUGUCUUCCCAAAAAACAUCCAAAUUUUUCAGAUUUUGUUCACCUUUCAACAUUUGUA